AUGGGCCUGGCCCGUGAGUGGUAUAACCUGAAUACAGUGGGACUCCCUCAGAAGGUGAUAAACACUAUUCAGAGUGCAAGAGCUUCCUCCACCAGGUCCCUCUAUGACUUGUGUCCCCCGAGACAAACACCCACAUCGACACACUCGCAUAACCAUCCCAAAACACAGGGCAACCCUCCCCAAGCUGCAGUGAAAGACAUCGAUCGCUACCAGGAGAAAAUCACAGUUUCUCUCCAACAGGCUGCUCUUUCUCCCGGCUUGGAGCACAUCAAGCUGGGUGUCUUUCCUCGCGAGGAGUUGCCCAUACACUACAGUCGUAGCCUUCGUGCAGCCGCUGACUCGCGUGAGACAUACGAGUGUAUACUGAAGAGCUGCCAUGGUUACCACAACCCCUCUGUGGUGGAAUACCUGCUGGAGAAGGUGGGAGUUAGUGACACCCAACCACCAUCAAUGAUGAGAGGACUGCAGAGUAAACUUUUUCACGAGGAGGAUUUUGCCUCAGCAAUCAGGAAGAGACAGUCUGCAUCGUGGGCCUUGAAGUGUGUCCGUGCAGGUGUAGACCACUUCAAACAUGGUCGUCAUGUGGAAGCCAUGAACGAAUACAACAAAGCGCUGGAUAUCGACACUAAUAAUGUAGAAGCACUGGUGGCACGUGGAGCUCUGUAUGCUAACAAAGGCAGCAUAAUGAAGGCCAUCACAGACUUUGAACUGGCCCUGGAGAACUGUCCAGAUCACCGAAAUGCCAACAAGUACCUCUGCCAGACUCUAGUGGAGAGAGGAAAACAGCUUGAAGAACAGGAGAAACUGGUCACAGCAGAGGGACUUUACAGGAAAGCUCUAUCUCUCGAUGAGUCAAACCCUGAGGCCCAGGAAGCGCUGCACAAAAUAACCGAGACUAUACAGGUAUCAAUUCGCCUGCGAGAAGAAGCGGUGGCUAAGGAGCAGGAGAAAGCUACGAUCAGCCAGACCAGCGCUGAGAAAUUGCGUAAGAUCUUAAAAGAGGAGAAGAGAAUGAAGAAGAAACGCAAGAGAUCAGCAUCUUCCAAUCCCUCAUCCACCGCUUCCUCCAGAGACUCUUCUCCUUCUUCUUCUUCGUCGUCUGACUCCUCUCGCAGGAGGUCCAAAAAGAAGAAGAAAAGGAGGAAGCGGGGAAGUAAGCGCCAUCGCAGGAUCUCCUCAAAGGAGAGCAGCAGCAGGAGGAGCGAGGAGGGUAAGAGCAAGAAAGACCGGAAGGAGAAGGAAGAAGAGGAAGAGGUGGAGUGGUACCCCGCUCCUCCAAACACCUCCGCCACCUUUCUCAACCAGAAGGGAGGCCCGAGGUUUGGGGAGGAGGAUGAGGGGGAGGCAGUGGAGAACGAGGCUGAAGAUAAACGCAUCUCUCAGCUGUAUUCGUUGUCUGCAGCUUCAGAGGACGAAGAGUCCGACUCGCCACAAACAGAAAGGAAGAGAAAGGACGGAAAGGAGAGUAGGACAGGGGAAAAGAAAAACAGUCAAAGCCAGGAAAGAGAGGAGAGGGGGAGUCGGAGUGGAGAAAGGAAGGGUGAGAGAGGGAGGGAGGAUAACGGGAAAGAAAGGAGAGGAAGUGACUCCAAGAGGAGAAGCAGCUUGGGGGAGAACAGACGACGAACAGUGUCCUGCUCGUCCGCCGACUCUGCGUAUUCACGGAAAUCUAUUUUCAAUCCUGAAUAUUUAGGGAACUCUGCUUCCACGUCAAAGAGCAUAGAGAGUAGGGUGAGACAUGACGCGCCCAAGAGGAACUCCUUCGAUGGAGGUAGGUAUGAGAACAGAGGGCGGGAAGAAAUUCAAGAAGUAGAAGAGGCAAAGGGAGAUAAGGAUAGCAGGAAGGGGGAAGACGAAAAUGUACCAGGAAGUGGUAGAAAAUCAGAAGGUGCGGGAAAUCACACCAGACCGAGUAGUUUGACCUCAGUGCCAGGAGGAAGCGUUAAGAAAGACCUCCCUACUAACCUGUUGGAUAUCUUCAAUCAGAUCGCCCAGUUUAAAAAGGGGAAGGGAGGCGGGCCGAGAAAAUAAGUCAAAAGUCCACAACGUGCCCGAUACUAGUGACUGAAAUGGAUGUUUGUACUAUGAAUUAAUUCAGCCCUGCUAUUGCGUUGUUCCCAGUUGUUGUGGAUUACCUUCAGUGUCGAAAUGUCUUAUGGUGGAUUUAAGGCUUGUGAGCAACGGUAGUAAUUGCUCGUCAAAAUGCUCAUAAUGAAUACCUUCCUGGACUAGAAUAGUUCACAUGCCCCCAGGAUGAUCCAAUAUCCCCAGGUGGGAAGUCGCUCUUCCUGCUCCAGUGUGUUUGAGUUUUAAGUCGUAUUGUGAAAACAUGGAUUCUAAAAAGAUACCUUUUUAUAUUCUUGAUCUGAGUGUUAAAACAACACAUUAAAAAAAUAUCUUUCCUAGUUGAGGAGGGCGUUUAUGCUCAAGUUGUGAUCGAAAUGUUCUGAACAUAAUUUGUGCCCAUGCUAUGCUAACUUUCCUGAAGAUGGUAAUUGUACUGUAAUCCAAAAACAUAACCUCAUUGGCAAAACGGAGGAAUGUGAUGAGAGAAUGACAUUUUCCACUUAUUGUAUCUUUUGAAAAAUAACGACGAUUUCAAUGACUACAAGUAUUCGAUUUUAGGUCGGUAUUAUUUGAUCAUGUGUUGGGUGUUCUCCAUUCAUAGAGGGUCUUUUGUGUACAUUUUGACAAGGUAUUACAUAUCCCUCACGUCUGGGGUCACUUCAGUUGCUCCAGGCUUUAAUGUCUCUUGUUUUGUGUUCAUUUUGAGUUGAGUCUUUUAUCUGUUCAAAAAGAUACUGCCUUAUGUUUACUGCCUUGGGCCAUUUGUGCUUUCUUUGUGUGGCUUGUUGAAUCCCAAACAACCUGACUGUUAGUACUGCUGUACCUUAUCAAGCUUUACACCAUGCAGAUGUUUCAGUUGUAUCCCGACACAUUUUUUCCUGCAGUGAAAUGGGUGAAUCAAUAAAGCAAUUAAAAUUUCAAGAUAACA